AGUACCCAGUUCCCCCGCCGCCGGGGGGGGGGGGAAGAGAUCAGGCCCGAGCCCCUCGCCCCGGCGGCCGCCGCCAUCGAUCUCGUGCCAAAAAAACCUUCAUCCCCGCCGCACCAAAAAAGCAGGCUAUAGAGAAAAAAAAACAGAGCACAUAGAAGAUCCAUGGCGAUGUCCAAAGCAUACUGCGGGACGGAUCUCAUCUAAAAAAGCAGCCGGCAAAAAAAUGAAGGAGAAUAGAAAAAAGGUAAAUCCAAAAACCACAUCAACAAUUUUACAUGAGUUUUCCUGCUCCGAUAUCACCGUGAUGGGAAAAAGUGGGGGGGGCACAGGGUGUUAUUUUGCCACGGUGCUAAAAAAAAGUUUGAAAAGACAUCUGAACAUGAUGCUUGUUCUCCACGGGGAAAAGAGUAUCACAUGAACUAGUGUUUUCCUACUAUGCUUUGCUCUUGGGUUGGGGCUUCUUCUUCUUUUUACUUGCACCUGUAAAAAGAUACGGAUAACAUUCGAGACUGUCAGAUGUGAUUGUUGAAAAGAAAGUGUUAUGUAAUUGUUGCAGAUAGCGUGGUGUGCGUGAAAAAAAAAAAGAAUGGCUGCUACCAUGUUGAAGACACACAUACAGAUGCUGAUGGACUCAUGCAAUGGGGCUGAUGAUGGUUGUGCAAGAAAGAAUGUAGUUGCAGAGACAAUGCAGAACCGUUUUUUGCAGUCUUUCUUGACAAGAAGAUUUGAAAGAGAGGAACAGGAAAUGUGCGAAAAGUUAGCAUCUGUUGAAGCAGCACUUGUGGUGGAUGAUAGUUGCGCUGCUGGUCUAGAAGACAGCAGCCAUCAUCAAAGCCGUGGUAACGCGGGGGUUACCUUUGAUCAGAACACUGUGUUUAGUGAUGGACUGUGUGCUGCUGGAGCAACAAAGACAGGCUUGAAUGAUUUACCAUCAAAUGGACAUCGGGUUAGGGGCUUUGACCUGAAUGAGGCUGCAGAACCGGACUUUGAAGGUGCUGGAAAUGGUGGAGAAGAUGAAAUUGUAACUGAUGCUGACUUGAUGCCAGAACCACCAACACACGAUGAGGUGGAGAUGGAAAACAUGUUUGAUGAGAUGAACUACCCAACAAUUGCUGAGAUUGAGAGUGCAAGGGAACCAGAGGUAGGCAUGUGUUUCAAGACAAGGGAGGAGGCCUUCCACUUUUUCAAGCUAUAUGCUAGAAAGUCAGGGUUUGCUAUUAAGAAAAACACAGCAUACAAAUCAAGAAUAACGGGGAAUCUUGACAAACAAAUAUUUGUGUGUAAUAAAAGUGGUAAAGGUGUGCUUAAUGAAGAGCCAGGGAGGAAAAAGAGGAGCAAUGUUAUACUGAAAACAGAGUGCAAAGUUUUGGUGCGUGUGAAGUUUGAAUCUAACCAAUGGAUUAUAACAGCAGUAAACUUGGAACACAACCAUGUGCUUGCACCAUCAAUCUGGCUGGUGAGGUUUAUGAAAUGUCAUAAACAUAUGUCACCAAGUGAGAAAAGAUUUAUUUCUAUAUUACAAGAUAGCAGAGUUCCUCCAAGAAAAGUGAUGUCUAUAUUCAGAAUGCUAAGGGGGCACCUUAGGGCUGUUGGUUUUGAUGCAAAAGAUGUAAGCAACCUGAAGACUGAGGAAAACAAAAAGCACAGAAACAAGGAUGUGGAUGAGUUGCUGGCCAUGUUCAGAGAGAGGCAGCAGAAAAUUCCUGGGUUCUAUUACAGCUUGCAAACAGAUGGGGACGGGACAGUGCGAAGUGUGUUCUGGACAGAUGCAGUUGGGAGAUCGAACUAUAAGGUCUAUGGUGACUAUAUGUCAUUUGACACGACAUUUAGCACAAAUGUUUAUGACAUGCCUUUUGCACCGUUCAUUGGUGUUGACAAUCAUGGGAAGACGAUCUUGUUUGGCUGUGCCUUGCUAAGGGACCAAACAACAGAAACAUUUGAGUGGUUAUUUGACACUUUUAUAGCUGCUCACAAUGGGAAGACACCGGGCGCAAUUAUAACAGAUCAAGACCAAUCAAUUGGCAAUGCAUUGGAUUCUAAGUUCCCAAUGGCAGUAAGAAGGUUCUGUUUCUGGCACAUAAUGAAAGUGCUUAAACAGAAAAACAUAUCAUACUUCAAAGCACGGAAAGGUUUGUACAAAGGUUUCAAACUUGCAGUUAGGAAUUCAUUUACCCCGCAGGAGUUUGAGGACAAGUGGAAACAGGUUCUUAUGGAAUUUAAUGCUCAUGACAACAACAGGAUAAACUAUCUAUAUAACAUCAGAAGUUAUUGGGUGCCAGCUUAUUUUAUGGAAUCUUUUUAUCCAUUCUCUAGCACAACUGGAAGGAGUGAGAGCACAAAUGCAAUGUUUAAAGGUUAUGUUGCACACAAAGAUACUAUAGUGAAUUUUUUUGGAGCAUACGAGAGCAUCCAAGAGAAGAAUUUGUCAACAUUGGACAGGUGCAGAUACACAUCAGAGCUGAAAUACCCCAGCCAAUGGUCCUACAAUGGCCUUGAAGAACAUGCAGCUUCAGUCUACACAAAUGCUAUAUUCCAGAAAGUGCAGAAUGAACUAAAGAAAGGAACAGCUUAUGGCGUUGUUGAAGUUGUUAAGGAUAGACUGUUUAAAGUUUCAAGGAAAGUUGGUUAUAGAGAUCCUGAAUUUGAAAAGGAAAAUUAUACUGUGCAUGUGUUAGGAGAUAGAGAAACAUUUGUUUGCUCUUGCAGGAAAAUAGACAGAGAUGGCAUACACUGUUGCCAUGUGUGGAAAAUAGCAGAAAGGAUGGACUUGCUUUCAGUACCUAGUAGUUUUGUUAGGUACAGGUGGACUAAAGCAGCGGAUCAAGAUGUGUCGCUCACUGCUGGGCAAGAAAUGAUAAUAGGAGGGAGCAAAAGUUCAGAUGCAAUUCAGUAUUGUAUAAUGAUGGCUGAUGUCUCAAACUUUUGCUCAUCAAUAGCUGGUGACCAAAAAGCAGUGGAACUUUUCGCUAGGGAAUUUGGUGAGAUGAAGGAAAGAAUAAAUACAAAACUUAAAGUUCCAGAUGUUCCUAUCAGAAUGGAUGAUGCUGUGAAUGCACAAGAUGCUACGACAGGGCAUGAUGGUGAUGCACCUAGUGACAAGACAACAUUAAAAGAUCCACCGAGAACAACUAGAAAAGGUCCGACCAAGAGAAAGAUUAGUUUUGUGGAGCAAGCCUUGAAUGCAAUAGAUUCGAAAAAGUCUAGGCAACAAAGGACAAAGAAGCCGCCGAUAAAACGAUGCACAAAAUGUAAGAGCCCUAGUCAUGAUAGAAAGUCGUGCCCAGAAGUUGGAAAGAUGUCACAACUUCCACAGGCUAUGAUCAAGAGAAGUGUCGGGAUUGGAAAUAUGCAAGAAGCAGGGGAUGCUCAGAGGUCUACCAGUCAGAGAGGGGUGGGGGGUUGCUGAGAUGCACUGGGAUGCUGUUUAGAGAAACUCACGGAACAAAAAAAAAGGGGUCGCGAAAAAGAGAAAAACUGACCUUCAUGUUUUUGCAUGAUUUUCUUGAUGCUUGGGAGUAUACUUUUGUUACCAGCAUGACACAACAUGUAUACAGCUGCCUUUACUCUGUGAUUAUAUA